CUUGUCUCAUCCCGUCUUCAACUCGUCUCGUCUACGCAGCAACCUCCCUCAACGUAAAGCCCAAUGUUCUUCAAGGACUGGCACACUUUCAUACACUGCGACGGGGACCUCGUCGACGAGUUUGACUUCCGCAUCGUAGACGACAAUACCGUCUCAUGCUACAUCCCAAGUGAAGCAGGCAAGAGUUUUGCAGUCAGAUGGCAGAACGACCUCUACAUAGCGGCAGCCGCGGAGUGUUUCAUGGACGGUCAACGCAUGGGGUCUUCAAAUGUCGAUCCUGGGGAGAGAGGCGCGCGUAAUGGUGUCCGCACGAACGGGGACUACAAGCAGUACUUUCAGUUCGCGCCGCUUGCUACAACAGAUGACGACGACGUUGCUGACCCCGACGACCCGAUGAUCAACAACCUGGGGGUUAUCGAAGUCCGGGUCUACCGCAUCAGAUACUCUCACGAAGUAUUCCGGCCAAAUAACCGACAUCGACCCCAGGAGUUCGCAGAACGCCCACCUGUGCACGAACGCAGCAAGAAGGCCGGAACACACUGUGUCAGACUCGGAGAAGGCAAGUGGUUCGAACCCACCGCACACUCGGGCCCGAGGAGGAUAUACAUCGACAAUCGGAAGCAUCCCUACAUCCGCUUCAUCUUCCGCUAUCAACCAAGAGCAAUGCUGCAAGCACAAGGAAUCAUCCCAAGAGACUAUGGUACGGACGCGUACCACCAAGAACAGGUCCCAGCUCUUCACCCGAGUCGGAAGCGGAACUCUUCUGUGCUUUACAUGGGUUCGAAUGCUGGUAGCGCAGGACCGUCUAACUACCGGGCAUCUGUCAAACCCGAGCCUCGAUUGCUGGAGGACCGCUUGGGAUCCGAGUACUACGAUGACAUGCAAGUCGAGGACAUGCUCCGCGCAAGAAGUGCACAGUACGACGCGUUUGCUCCCUACGCUCAGCCUCAACUGCAGCAUGACCUCCCGCCGGCUCCUAGGCGACAUCCUUUUGUCAUCGACGUUGACGCUGAUGUUAUCGACCUCACUCAAGACGAGGACUAGAGCUACCCAGCCGAUCCUGUGCCCCUUCGCCAGACUAUCACGAGACGACCGAUUCUAGGUCUCACGACGCGAUCCACGCCAUUCAUCUCCAAUUUCGACUCGCGGCUUACGCUAUUCUGUUCAAUGUACUAUCAGCUUGUAAAUACAUUUCUAUUCACUAUUCACCAUACCAUGUA